AGAGUGUCACUUCUGCAAGGACAUGAAGAAGUUCGGAGGUCCGGGUCGCAUGAAGCAGUCGUGCAUUAUGAGGCAGUGCAUCGCGCCCGUCCUGCCUCACACCGCAGUGUGUGUGGUGUGCAAAGAGGCUGGCAAGGAGGACACACUGGAGGACGAGGAGGACAAGUUCAACUUCAUGCUGAUGGAGUGUUCCAUCUGCAACGAGAUCGUCCACCCGCACUGUCUGAAGGUACGAACGGACGGACGGACAAGGGCGGACGGUUAGGCUAGGGGACCAGAAAGUCACGGAACACCUUUGUUGUGGUUGUGUUUUUUUUUUCACGAACAUUUUUAACGAUAAGGAGGAAAAACAAUCCUAGACAUGAAGUACUUGUGUGUACUUCAUGUCAUCUUGUAGCUGCUUGUUCCCAGUGCCG